UUGUUACGAACAUGUAGGCUAAUGGCUUCUAGUUCAGCAGCAGGGAACAGAGGUCUGCAAAGACAACACAAAGAUCUCCCAGACCAGGAAGCCGCUAACAUGACUGCUGUUCAAAGAGGAUGUGGAAGUCUAACUAUUGAUCAACCUGAUAUGAGUGAUUUGAGGAUUGUUCUGCUGGGGAAGAAUAUAACAGAAAACAACAGAGUGGGAAACUUCAUCUUAGGAAGAGCAGCGUUUGAGAGUGAAGCACCUGCUGAUGUAGAGCUGAACAUUGAGAAACACAAAGGAAAACUGAAGGACAGAGACGUCACAGUCAUCAACGCUCCUCACCUGCUGAGGCCAAAUCUGUCAAUCUCUCAGAUCACACAGGGAGUGAAAGAGUGUGUGAAUCUGUCUGCUCCUGGACCUCAUGUGAUCAUACUUGUACUGCAGGAGAACGACUUCAGUGACAAUAACAGACAUAGAGUGAAAUAUGUGCUGAAUGAAUUCAGUAAGGAGGCUCUUAAACACACUUUAGUGUUGACUGAUGAGAGAGAGAUAAACAGUAGCUGUAUUCAUCAAUUAAUAAAGGAGUGUGGAGAUGAACAUCUUCAGUUUGAUGAAAGAAAAUCAGGUUUACUCUCUGAGAUACUUGAAAGAGUGGAGAAGAUACUCAAAGAAAACCAGGUCCAAUUUCUUAUAUCUGACUUGUAUGAGGAAGCAGGAGAAGAAACACCAGAAGAUGGAGAGAAGAGGAGAUCUGGAGGUUCAGUCACAGCAGAAGAAGCGGGAGAUUUUGAUCAUGAAGAUGAUGGAAAAAUCAAACAGAGAAACAGAGAGAAAAAGGAAGUUGCUGUCCAGAGGGAAACCUUGUUCAUGGCAUCCUCCAGUGGUCCAGCACUAAAUGAGGAGCUCCAGUGCUCCAUCUGUCUGGAAGUGUUCACUGAUCCAGUCACCACUCCAUGUGGACACAACUUCUGCAGAACCUGCCUGAGCAAGAGCUGGACAAACAGAAAGAUCGGCUUCUGUCCACUCUGUAAAAAAGAAUUCAGCAAAAGACUUGAUUUCAAGAUUAAUUCAACACUCAGAAAGCUUGUGCAACACUUUAAUAAGCUUAAUCAAGAAUCUAAAGUGUUCUGUGACAUCUGUGAUGAAAGAAAGCAGAAAGCUGUGAAGUCUUGCCUGACGUGUCAAAGCUCUAACUGUGUCUCUCAUCUGGAGCUUCAUCUCAGAGUCCCACGUCUAAAGAAACACACACUGAUCAACGCUGUGGAAAAUCUGGAGGAUUAUAUAUGCCAGAAACACGAGAGACCUCUGGAGAUGUUCUGCAGAGAUGAUCAGACGUGUGUUUGUCUGUUCUGCACUGAAGGAGAACACAGGACUCACAACACUGUUCCUCUAGAGGAGGAGAGUCGAGAGAAGAAGACACAGACAGACGAGCAGCAGAUGAUCCAGAAGAGAAUGAAGAAGAUUCAAGAGAUCAAACACUCAGUAAAGCCAAGAAAAACUCUCGCCUCCAAUGAUGGUUUCUUUACUUCAUCUCGAACCGUCCACAUUUCAAACGGGAUGAUUAUUGGUCUGGGUGUCCUGUUGGUAGCAGUGUUGAUCAUCUUACCUACACAAUACACCAGAUAUCAGUCUGAGCAGCUUAAGAUGAAGAAACAGGCUGAAGAUCUCAAUAAAGAGCUGAAGAUGAUGGAGGAACAGCAGAAAGCAGCAGAGAAACAGGCUGAAGAUCUCAAUAAAGAGCUGAAGAUGAUGAAGGAACAGCAGAAAGCAGCAGAGAAACAGGCUGAAGAUCUCAAUAAAGAGCUGAAGAUGAUGGAGGAACAGCAGAAAGCAGCAGAGAAACAGGCUGAAGAUCUCAAUAAAGAGCUGAAGAUGAUGAAGGAACAGCAGAAAUCAGCAGAGAAACAGGCUGAAGAUCUCAAUAAAGAGCUGAAGUGA